AUGGUGCGUAGAAAGGAAGUGCUACAAGCAGCCGCGGCGCUUGCGUGUUGGCAGAACCACGUUCGUGUCGGCCCUAAUCUGGCAAGUGCUUUCGUCCGCCAUCUCUCAGUGAAAGAGCUCCUUGGUUCUUGCCGCCGACACCGCCGCACUUCACCAACAACAACAACCGGCAGACUUCUCACGCCAAGACCACCACCACCACGAAGCGGUGUGUGCCUGUCGGAAGAUGGGGCAGCAGAUAGCUUAGGAAACGGGGAAAACGGCAACGAUGUCGACAACAACGGCAGCAGCAGCAGCAGCAGCAGCAGCAGCAGCAGCAGCAGCAGCAACGGAAACGGAAACGGAAACACCGGUAGUGAAGGCGCUGGGGAAGCGAGCAGGAAGGAGGGUGCCAGUUUCGGGGAGUGGGACGUGAAGCCCGAGGAGAACAACAUAUCGGAGGAUGAGAUGAGCGGGCUCUUUCGCCGCAUCUCGGCGCUUCGAAAGCGAGAAGUAGAGAUCGACCGCGUGUGCGCCUACAACUGGCGCAAGGGCACCUGCUCGCACGACCUCCUCUUCCAGGCCGCCGACCCCAUCCAGCACCUCAGGUGGGUGGGGGACCACCUGGCGUUCGGCACCGACGGGGGAGGGACCUGGAUCAUCAGCCGGCAGACCGGCUUCGUGAUCAACGUUUUCGAGGGCCACUCCGGCGCCGUUACGGCGUUGUACUUCGAUGGGGAGCUGUUGGUCACCGGAGGAAGCGACAAGACAGUUCGCGUUCAGCGAAAUAGCCGAGACUGCCUGGAGAAGGAACAACUAGGAGAAUGCCUCCACGUGCUAGAAGGCCACACCCAGCGCAUCACGGGGGUGGCAAGGCUGGACGGGUCCCGCCUGGCCACCAGCUCCGCGGACGGCAGCCUCCGGGUGUGGGACGUGUCGUCGGGGGAGACGCUGCACGACGUGUUGCUGCCCUCGCCGGCCUGUUGCCUCGGCGCCGCGGGUCUGAUGGACGGGAGGGUGUUGGCGUGGGAGGCUAAGCGGCCGGAGCGCGCGCCGACGGAGAUCCUGACGCUCGACGCUCACCGCGGGGCGGUCACGACGCUCAGCUUCCCCAAGCAGGUGGUGAUGGAUGACUGGUUUGGUAGAUCUCGAUAUGUGGAUGUCCUGCUGACGGGGGGAGGGGACGGCAGAGUCAAGUACUGGGAUCUCAACCAGGGGGGGGCGGCGGAGGGGAACCGGUUCGAGGUCGGCGGGGAAAGCUACACCCACGUCUUCCGGGGCCACGCGGCACCCGUCACCGCGGUGCAAUGCGACGAGCAUCGAGUGGUGUCGGCGGCGAAGGAUGGUACGGUGUCAGUGUGGGACAUCCGCAGCGGGCAGGAACUUUUCCAGAUCUACGGUCACGCGGACGGGGUUAGCUCCCUCCAGUUCGACAGGGAGCAGCUCGUGACUGACGGCACCGGAGAGGCCUUGUACUUGCACGACUUCACGGGGAGAAGAGGAGCCCCCGCCGUGAUGGGCUCGGGCAACCCUUUCGGCGAUGACGACGACGACGACGACGACGACGACGUCGAAGAUAGUCAAAGCGGGUUUCGUAUCGGCGGGGGGGGCGGGGGACG